AAAAACAAAUAAAAAAAUCAUUUUAAAUAUUUCCAAGUAAAAUGUCAAAAUUACAAGGUAGAUUAUAUGUAAGAGGACGACAUCUUUCAUAUCAGCGUGGAAAGAGAAUCUCUAAUCCAAAUGUUUCAAUUAUUAAAAUUGAAGGUGUAAAUAGUAAAGAGGAAACACAGUUUUACCUUGGAAAACGGGUUGCAUAUGUAUAUAAAGCAAAAAAAGAGGUGAAAGGAACCAAAGUCCGUGUUAUUUGGGGGAAAAUUACCCGUCCACAUGGAAAUUCAGGUUGUGUCAGAGCUAGAUUUCGCCACAAUCUUCCUCCCUGUACAUUUGGAGCAUCUCUUCGAAUAAUGCUUUAUCCAUCAAAUAUCUAAUAUUUAAACAACGGUAUCAGGAUUUCCUUUAUUUUAUAUCUAGC